AUGGGACACUUCGCAUCAGAGUAUUCCACAAAAGACGAACAACUCAACUUGAUAGAGACGCAAAAGGAUGAGGAGUCUUCAUUGCUGAUGAUAGAGGCGUGUGAAAUUAAGACCACACAUGACAAAGAGCCUGAUUUUGUGAUGUUAAAUGAAACUAUAGUGCCACCACCGGCCAAUAUUGGAGCUGAAAAUUCCUUGUACCUAGAUAUUGGAGCAAGCAACCAUGUGUCAGGAGAAAGGAGGGUGUUUCGUGAGCUCGACACAUCUGUUGUUGGAAAGGUACGUUUCGGUGAUAACUCUGUAAUAGACAAUUGUGGUCGAGGAAUAGUGCUCUUCAAAUGCAAAACCAAUAAGCACUUAAUCUUAUCGCAAGUCUGUUACAUACCUAAACUCAAAAGCAAUAUAAUAAGUUUGGGACAACUGGACGAGAGUGGAAAUAAAAUUGUUAUAGAGGACAGUGUGAUGAAGAUAUAUGACAAGGUCAGGAGCUUGAUUAUUAUGGUGACCAGAAAAUCCAACCGAUUGUAUGUAGCAAAGCUGAAGCUUGCAGAUCAGGAGUCAUUGGAUCUCGUCCAUGGAGAUCUAUGUGGACCUAUUUCGUCAAUGACUUAUGGAGGCAACAGAUAUUUCAUGUUACUGGUGGAUGAUUUUUCACGAUUUAUGUGGGUGUUUUUGUUGAAAAACAAGAAUGAAACAAGGGUGGUAUUUAAAAAGUUCAAGAUUAGUGUGGAGGUAGAGAAAGGCAAGAAGAUUAAGAGCUUUAGAACGGACCGUGGAGGGGAGUUUGUAUCUACUACUUUUAAAGACUAUGACGAGAAUGAAGACAUGAAGAGAUUUUUUACUGCACCAUUUUCACCACAUCAAAAUGGCGUAGUAGAAAGGCGUAAUCGAACGGUUGUAGAGAUGACCAGAUGUAUGUUAAAGAGCAAAGAGAUGCCUGCAAAACUGCUGUGUCUUGCUCAUGCCAAUAAUACAUAUUCACACCUUCUUAAAGUUGCUAAUAGGAGUGUGAAGAUAAUUAUGUUGGGAUAUGAAGAUGGAACCAAAGCUUAUAGACUAUUGGAUCCACAAAAGAACAGAAUUAUGGUAAGCAGGGAUGUGUUGUUCGAAAAGGAGAAAAAGUGGUGUUGGGAAGAAAUCAUAAACGGUGAUGACGAACAAAGAGGAACUUUCACGGUUCAAAUUUCAGAAAAACGGAGUAGAACAAAGGAGAGGAAUAUUGAACAAAUCGAAGUUGAUCUAGAUGAAAGGCAAAGGGAAAAUUCGUCCUCAACUUUAUCAACGCCAGACUAUACCUCAAAUGCAUCAUCAUCAAGCUUGUCGACAUCAAAAAAGUUCAGGUCUCUAGAAGAUAUUUAUAGAGAACUGAACAAAGCAGAGGAGGAAGAAGAGGAGGAAUGCCAUGAAGUCUCAAAUUCUCUCCAUUGA